GGUUGCGAUUCGGAGCAGUACAGACCAACUGUUAUUGAUAUUUCCCCAAGCAGAGAACCUGCGCAAACAUUCCUAAAUUUCUAAAUAGUUUCAUUUCUCGGGACAGUGUAGCACAAAAUCUGUUCCCAUUGCAAUUGUCAUUUUUAAAAAGGUCUGCAAAAAAUUACUCUGCUCGAAUAGAAAAAAAAGGUGUUUUGAAAACGGCACUCACUCAAAAAGUCAUAUCGUAUUUCGAUUCGCUACAGUAGCAAGGUGUGUUGUUUCGAGAGUUUCGUGUUAGAACUAAUUCGUAAAACGUCACAAUGAAUUACUCGCUAACCGCAUUUCAAGAACCCAGGGGGGUGAUGAGAAUAUUGCAGUUUAUAUUUGCAAUAGUCGCCUUUUCGACAACAGCCAAUUUUUCGGUAGAUGUUACGUUCACUUGUGUUACAACAACAAAUUCUACGAGAACAGUAAGCUAUCCGUUUCGGUUUUCGGAAAAUGUCUGCACUGAGAAAUCCUCGAAUACCGCAUUCUGGAUGGCUGCUAAUGUCAGCUCUGAUGCCCAGUUUUAUGUGGCCACUGGUGUCCUGUCCCUUUUAUAUUGCAUUUUCAUCAUUGCUGUUUACGCCUUCCUGGACGAAGUUUACAAAAGCAAAAGUGAAGUUCCGCUAGCCGACUUUAUGAUUACUACAGUUUUGGCUAUAUUUUGGUUGUCUGGAAGUGCUGCCUGGUCGAAUGGUACGAGCGCAUUGAAGUCGGUGACCGAUCCCAUGUACUUGUAUAAGACUUGUGACGCGUGCAACGUCGUUACUACCAGCUUUUCGCGGCUCAACAUAUCAUUGAUAAUCGGCUUCCUGAACUUCUUUUUAUGGGCAUCGGAUUUGUGGUUUUUGUACAAGGAAACAAUUUGGUUCCAAGGCAGACAGGCAAACACCGCCACUGUAGGUACACCAACGGUGUAAAUUGACGGAAGGACUUUCGAACCGAUCUGGUCAAACCAAUAAGGGUGAGGUAAUUGAAGGGAAGUGUGGGGAGAGAAAACAAUUGAUUAAAUAAAGUUAUAAAAUGGUAAAAGAAAAACGUAUUCGGGUAGGAGAUUAUCAUCAAAUAUAGUUGAAAGAAUUAAAAAAAAUAAAUUUACAAAUUUCUAGCAAAGAUGAAGCUUAUUUGCGCAAAAAAAAAACAUAAUAAUAAUUCGUUGUCCCUAUAGAGUACCUACCAAAAUAUAGAAACUAAUAUUGUCAUGUUUGUCGGUUAAAAUGAGUAUCAAUAAGUAAUACUAAAAUCAUUGUACUGUACAUACAAGAAGGAACCAAAAAAUAAUUAUUAUCGAAAUUUGUUAACUUAUUGCCUGAAUAGGUUUUUGUAUUCUGUUUGUUAGAAACUUUUGUUCUUUGAUUUUGUACCUUCCCCACAAGUAUUUUUUGUUGUUAUUUAAUGUUAAUAUAAAUUCGUGAACGAAACGUUCAAAUUAAUAAUUACUCUGUUAUCAAAACAACUUCUUUUCCUCUAAUUUAUUUGAAAACUUAAAUGGUCUGAUGCGCAGCUAGUUGACUGAAUAUGCUGGAAGGAAAUCCCAAUACGAAAAGUGCAUAAUUUUCGUACAACAAUUUAUUGACUCUUCAGUUACUUUUUCCUUUUUGUGAGACAGCUACAUGCUCACUGACAUUAAACAUAUAUUUCAGUUACAUCGUUCCAGUAGAACCAUAUUAAAAAACCACAAUAUCGGUGGAUACAUUUGCAGUAUUUUCCCUUUCGUUAAUUCCUUGCUCAAACUAUAGUUCAAAUAAACGGCACAACCGAGUGAAAUCAUUUCAAUCAACAUAUCGUGUCCUUAAAGAUUUGUUUUUCGC